AUGUUGCUCUCUGCGUUGCUGCUGCUGCUGCUGGUCAGCGAUGCUCAAGCCACUCAUUUUCGUGGCACUAUGAUGACUUACUACCCAGCAGAAACUAACUCAGACGGAUCCAUCUCUGUGAUUCUUCGCUUUAGGUUUAACCACCAAACCUGCACUGAUGGUACUUAUGGUUGUUCUGGAAACUGUGGUAAUGAGAGUACGAUUCUUGUAAAUACCAAGAUUGAGGAAGAGAGUGGUUCUUGGUGUCAGAGUGAAAAAAUCACAACUCGGCUGCUUCCCAACAACUCUCCAUUGCAGCUUGCGUUUUCCAGCAAUGCAUGGUUUACUAAUUUAAAUGGGAUUGUAGACUGGAGAGCGGUGACCGACGUUGAGCUGAGGCGGCGAUCCGACACCAAAAAAUCAAAUUCAUCACCGCAAACCACCGUGGUUCCCGCACUGAGGGUACCAUCAAACUGUGGAGUAAAUAUUCCCCUGUUGGCCUUUGACCCCGAUGGAGACCAGGUUCAGUGCAGAUAUGCUAGCCUUUCUUUAACAGAAUGUGCAUCGCCCUGCACACCUCCACCUGUCCUCAGCCUCUCCUCUACCUGCAUCCUGUCAUUCAGGGAAACGUCCAGCAGUGAUGAAGGCUGGUACGUCGUCCAGAUGGUGAUGGAGGAUUUUCCCCGACAACCCGUCACUCUGACUCAGACUGACGGGUCACAGGUCGCAAAAACUACCAAAGAUGCCAUCAGCAGGAUACCGAUCCAGUUCCCCUUUCUAGUGGAUCCUGCAGUAUCUUCCUGCACAGAAGGAUAUUAUCGGCCCAGAUUUGUGAGUCCAACUCCAGAACAUGGAGCUCAGCUUUCCGUUGUUCCCAGUCAGGCCGUGGCGAUCAGCAUACAAGCAGAGGCCACUAAUUCUGUGAUCUCUGAGCUGCUGCUCAGCGGGCCGAACAACGUGGUCAAGAUUUCAUCAGGAUCAGGAAGUUUCACUCUGACGUGGAAACCAUCUGCAAGUGAAGAAGGACAGAGCCACCCCAUCUGUUUUGUUGUCCAAGCAACUGUCAGCACUUCUGUUUUUCAGUCUGCGCUUCGAUGCGUUGUUGUGAAUGUUAAAGAACCACCCGUGACUCAUGUUCGUGUUCUCAGAAUGAAGAUCUCAACCACGCUCUCACUAAAGGACAACAGAAAUGCCAUCCAAGAUUCAAUAAAAGAAGAACUGAUAACGAACCGAGGAUUUCCGCCAUUCAUAACUGUGCGCCUGCUGAGCGACGGGUCAGUGGUAACAACGCAGCAGGCGCCCCCUAGUGGCCAACUUUGAGAAUGAACCAUUUGUGGAAAAGCGCUGGACACGGAACCACUUUAUCUGGACAUUUCAAAACCCGUUACUGACAUUAAACCCGAACUUCAGCGGCUUCAAACAAUAUAGUUACAAUUUAAUAUAUUUUAACUCAUCGGCUUUCGCAAUCUGCUAAUGAUUUUUUUCCUCAAAUAUUCUCUCACUUUUAAGUAAUUCUUGGAUC